AUGCAGCAUUGUAUCCGAACGUGUUUACUGUUGACGACGAUAUUCAUUCAAUCAAUAUAUAGCCAACAGUUUGUUGUUGGCUGCUAUUUCACAAAUUGGGCACAACAUCGUAACGGACUCGGACGUUUUCUUCCAUCGCAUAUUGAUCCAUCACUUUGUACACAUCUCUACUAUGCGUUUGCAAAUAUCGAUAUGAUCAAUCGGAGUCCUAUGCCAUUCGAAGUUAAUGAUGUUAAACCAUCUCCGGCAACAGCUGCAGUCGUCGCCAGUGAUAUCAGUAAACCUGCCGGUAAUGGACGUCUUAAUGGUAAACCAGUAGUGAAGACUGCACCACCGAUGAGCAUGUAUGAACAAUUUAAUAUACUGAAAUAUAAAAAUCCUCAAAUGAAAACCUUACUAUCGUUGGGUGGUGCAAGUGUCAAUGCAACACAAUUCCGAAGUGUUUUUGAGCCGGAUAAAACUCGCCGUGAAUUUAUUCGCAAUACAAUCAAAUAUCUCCGAAAAUAUAAGUUUGACGGUUUAGAUCUAGAUUGGGAAUUUCCCGAAACGGAGAAUGACCGUCGAAUAUUCAGUUUACUUGUUCGUGAUUAUCGAUCAGAAUUUCAGAAUGAAGCUUUCUUAAACGAUCGUCCUCAACUUUUAUUAACUGCUGCUGUUGCAGCAUACCGUCCGAAAAUUGAAGCUGGCUAUGAUAUCAAAGAAGUUGCGACCUACCUUGACUACAUCAAUUUAAUGGCUUACGAUUACCACGGUAGCUGGAAUAGUCAUAUAGGAUUCAAUAGUCCGCUCUAUGCGCGUUCAAGCGAAAAAGGUGACAAGCGUUUAUUAAAUCAACAGGCAACUGUUGAUACAUGGAUUGAUGGUGGAUGUCCACCGUCGAAAUUAGUUCUCGGUCUUGGAAUGUAUGGUCGAACAUUCAAAUUAAAACAGAAGAAAAAUGCUGAUACAAAACCGUAUGGCCCAUCGAAAGGUGCUGGCUCACCGGGUAAUUUUACGGGGAGCAGUGGUUUUCUCUCAUAUUAUGAAAUAUGCGACUUAAUUAAAAAACAAAAAUGGCAUACGGAAUACGAUAAAGAACAACAAGUUCCAUUUGCAUACAAAGACGAUCAAUGGAUCAGUUAUGAUAAUCAACAAUCGAUUGAGAAGAAAUGCCAUUAUGUGGCCGAACGACGUUUGGCUGGUGCAAUGAUAUGGUCGCUUGAUUUCGAUGACUUUAACGGUGCUUUCUGUGGUCAAGGGAAAUAUCCGUUAUUAACGACUGUCAAGAAGACUUUAGAGAGUCUUCAAGGACCUACAACGCCUAUUCGAAUUCAUCGAACAACUCAAGCUACUAUAUCGAAUGAUGUACAAAUUCCUUCGCAAUCAUCUGUACUCUUUUUCUUGAAUAUGUUCUGUCUGCUAUUUAUUCGUCAUUUUAGUUGA